AUGCCCUACAUAGAGGAGUCUCGGAGGCCGGAGGAGUUGGUCGGGGGUGGUCUGGGCAGGGACGAGGAAAGUGGCGUGAGGAUGGUUGGGCGACGUAGGAGGCGAGUUCCGUGGAAGGAGGUAGACGAGGAUCGAGGACGGAGGUGGCUGGGCCGGUUCGAGCCUUCCUUCGUUCGAUUCAGGCAGGCUCCUCUAUUCGUUUUACAUGUAGCAAGCAGGGUUGCGGGGUGCAGUUCAGACAUGGGAAGUGAGCAUUACUGCCUGAGGUGGAACAAUCAUCAGAGCAACUUGCUGGGUGUGUUCAGUCAACUGCUGGAGUCGGAGUCGCUGGUGGACGUGACACUGGCGUGCACGGAGGGACCGUCGAUACGCGCACACAAGGUAGUCCUCUCCGCGUGCUCCAGUUACUUCCAGGCCCUGUUCCUCGACCACCCGAACCGUCACCCCAUCGUUAUCCUAAAGGACGUACGUUUCGCCGAGCUACGUACCCUCGUCGACUUCAUGUACAAAGGCGAGGUAAACGUCGAGUACUGCCAGCUAUCGGCCCUCCUCAAGACAGCGGAGAGCCUCAAGGUUAAGGGUCUAGCGGACAUGACGAACAUCAACGCAGCGGUAGCAUCCAGGGAAGAACAGCAACAACAGCAACAACAACAGCAGCAGCAACAGCAGCAGCAGCAACAACAUACGAGCACCUCCGACACGUCGCGAGAGCAUCAUCGAGAACGAGAACGAGAACGAGAACGAGAACGAGAACGAGAACGAGAACGAGAUCGAGACCGAGAGAGUAUAAAAGAGACGAGUGGCAAGGAGAGAGAACGAGAGUCGAACGUCACCACUGGAGUGUCGGUCGGUGCCAAGGAAUGCGAGCAGCAGCAGCAACAGCAACAACAGCAACAGCAGCAAUCCAGCAGCAUCGUGCAGAACACCCCUAGCGAAACCACGGAGGCGGUGGACAUGACGGAUUGUCCGCCGUCGCCCACGGGGCCCGGUAGCCCGUGCCCGGGACCGUUGGCCCUUGACCGACCCAGGAGGGACUCCGAAGACGCGGCCAGCCUCGAAGAAACGAGGGCCGGCUCUCUCAGCCCGAUCUCGGUGCACAGCGGACCAUCCGACAUGAGCCUCAGCAACAACACCGGCGGCGCACCCAGUGGCGUGCUGCCGUUGAAUCUACCGCAGAGCCGGCUUCCAUCCCCGCACAGUACCGAGCCCCUCGCCGGCCCGUCGGGCUUACCCCCGGUUCAACAAGUUCCGCUAUCCUUGAAAAAAGAAAUAGACUGGGAAAGGUCGACCGAGGAGCGCAGCGCGAGCAGCGAGAUAUCCGCAGACUACAGACUCCCGCCAGAUCCGGUCUCGCUCGCUCUCGGACUGGAAGCGGGCGGAUGGGGCGCCCUGGUGGAGCGGACGAGCGCGCACGGAGGUACCGGCGGAGAGCGACACGCAUUGCUGCAACACGCCGGCCAGACCAGCGACGACAAGCCGUUCACCUGCGAGCAGUGCGGCCAGCGCUAUCGCUAUCGGUCCGCCUACGUCAAACAUCGCGAGCAGAACCAUCGCGCGCGGCUGCCGGCAGAUAAGCUCUUCACCUGCGAUGUAUGCGGCAUGCAGUUCAGGUAUCUAAAAUCCUUUAAGAAGCACCGCCUCAAUCACGCGCUUGAGCGGUUGCAGCGCGCGCCCGAAUCUCAGAACAGCGUAGUCGUCGUUUCGACACCGGCCGAGCGCAGCGAUCAGGUCUCGAGCACCGGCGAGCCGUCCCAGGUGGAGACCGGCAGCGAUACUACAACGAAUCCGGGCGACGCCGAGGAGAUGCGUGGUGUAUUCUCUGAAAGCGCCCGCGGUGACGAGAGCGUCUCGGAGACCGCGAGCGUUCAAGAGAACCCUGGCGACGCGGUGGAGGUGCAGAUGACGGAGACCACUGCCACCGGGGUUGGUGGGAUUGGCGGUGGCGGUGCCAGCAGCGAAGCUGGCGACGUGGACGACAACGCCGUCGACGACGAUCGGCACGAGCCGACCGAGGCGAUGAUCGAUCUCGCGCGGAGCGUCACUCGCGAGGCCGAUCGUCGCGAGCGACGCUUUGCUUGCCCGUUCUGCGGCAAGUGCGUGAGGUCCAAGGAGAAUCUGAAGCUACAUGUGCGCAAGCACACUGGCGAACGGCCGUUCGUCUGCCUGUUCUGCGGUCGCGCGUUCGGAGGCAAGAGCGAUCUGACGAGGCACCUGCGCAUCCACACCGGCGAGCGGCCGUAUCACUGCGAGAUGUGCGGCAAAUGCUUCGCCCGGGCUGACUAUCUCUCCAAGCAUCUCACCACGCACAUUCACCAGCGCUAACGCGAUCGCAACUCGGCUCACUCGCCUCGGCCUCCUCGGAGCCGAAGAGCACCGCAACGACGUGCCUC